AUGAGCCUUACGAUACCAGGUCGGAUGAAUCUUUGGAUUGUCGGGCUCCCAGAGGGUGAAGAACGUGGGCAGCCAGUCAGCUUUUUUGAAAACAGGCUGCCACAGUUCCUGGGCCUUCAAAUAGAGUCCAGCCAGCUGCAGAUUGAAAGUGCCUACUGGAUCGCAGUGCACAGGUCUGCGCCGGUUCGCAUUUUACAGAAUCAGGGUCUGCCAGCUGAUAAUUACUCCACCGAAAAUGCUAUCCUGGUGAAGAUGAGCAACAACUGGCCGCUACUCAUUGACCCACAGGGUCAGGCAAGAAGUUGGAUCACAAAGAUGGAGGGGCAGGAGCUGCUCAUCCUCCUGGCAACAGACCCUGGGUACACCAAACUCCUGGAGAGUGCAAUUCGCAUGGGAUACCCAGUCCUCCUACACGAAUUAACGGAGCAGAUUGAUCCAGGGCUGAGGCCAGUGUUGGUGCGAGAGAUUUAUUCCCGAGAGGGGCAGGACUACAUCAGGAUUGGAAACAAGGAAGUCGAAUACAAUUCCAACUUCAGGUUGUACAUGACCACCCGGAUCUCCAACCCGAACUUCCUACCUGCUGUGUGUAACCUGGUGACCCUGAUUAACUGCACAGUGACCUUCGAGGGUCUCCAGGAGCAGCUUCUAUCCCGCGUCGUGAAGCGACAGCACCCACAAGUGGAGGAACAGCUUGGACAACUGCUGCAGAGCAUUGCCAACGACCUGGUCACCCUGCGCGAUCUGGAGAAUAAAUCACUGUCCUUAUUUCAGAAAACCGAGGGGCAUAUUCUGGAUGACCAGGACCUCAUCGACACCCUUCAACAGUCCAAAGAAAUGUCCAAAGAGAUUAAGUUGCGAGUGGAAGCCUCAGAGGAAAAUGAGAGGAAGAUCAUGGCUGCUCGCAAGAAGUAUUUACCAAUGGCCACCCGCGGCUCAGUCAUGUACUUUGUCAUGGAUGAGCUGGCAAAGUUGAACUGCAUGUACCAGUUCUCCCUUCACUGGUUCAUGAGGAUAUUCACGGAGUCUGUCAGUGACAUGCAUAAGCCACACACCCGGAGGCCACAGGCACGUUUCACUGGACGCAGCAACGAGUUCAGGAAUUUAACCUCCAGCUCAGCAAAGAUGCACAUCGGCUUCAGAUCCUACUUACAGAACAUGAUGAACACACUGACCGACAACACAUACAAGGUACACAUACAACACCCCGCGCUGGCCUCUUCAUUUCCAACUGCCGCCUGA